GCUUUAGACGUUGCAUCAUUGACGUUUCAACAUGCCAUUGCACAAACGGAGUUUCACAAAAUAUUUUAGAAAAUUAGUAUACGCCUCGUUCUAAACAUGUGUCGAAAACUUGGGUAUAUUUUCGAAAAAUGCGGAACGAAUUAUUCCAAAACUAUACUUAAAAAUUACACAGUUGAUUUGUAAGAGUAAUUUUUUCAGCUUUCAAGGAAAAUGUUUGGGAGCAAAUUAAGGGCUUGGAUGGAAGCUGUGAGGCCUAAAAAGAAACAGCAUCGAAGAGAUAAGCAAGGAAAAACGACCGUCCAAAACUCCAGGCCUAACGUAAACACUCACACCGUAACGUGGAAGAACACUUGCUUAUUGGAUAGUGAAAAAAAGGAUGUUGAAUGUGAAAAUAACUAUGGAAAUUCUCAAGGUGAAAAGGACGGAGUUACCAAUACUCAGCUCUCUAGAUAUUCAACUACAAAUUUGUCUUCCCCUGAAUCUGCCUAUUCGACUGGUUACAGCACUGAUGGGACGUCUCCUGGAGCACCCCCUGAUUAUUUGUUAAACGGAACUAACAGAACAUCUGUGGAACAUCGGCUGAACACACCAAAUACAUCAGCUCACAUUCCUCCUUCAUCCAGGACCGCAAAACAUUUUUCAAAACCCGUUCAAAACCCACCAAAUCCUAGUGUAGCGUCACCUGUUCCAUCAAAGGCGAAGGAGUAUUUAGAAGAGAAAGAUAAGGGGAAUCACACAGCGUUUUUCGGGAAAAUUGAAGAUACUUCUGGCUUGGUAUCUCCAAGACAGCGGAAUCGCAUUAGGACAAAUCCAUGGCUUCCAGGCGGUACAAGUAGUGCUGCCCCCAGUCCCUUACCGACUAGACAAGAGAAGAAGACUCCAGUUGCCUUAAGAAGCUACAGAAAUAGUCCGAUUCAAAAUAGAUACUUAAGUCCUGUGGCUCAUAGAAGAUCCCUGUCUUCUUCAUCUUGCUCGUCACUGAGUGCAGGCAAUCACACAUUUGAUCAUCGCGUUCCGAGAUCACUAAGCGACGAAGACGAUUGCACUCUAAACGAGAUGAUGGGAAAGUAUGACGAAAGCUAUGUUUAUGAGAAAGAAACAGACAUUCUAAGUGAUAGUGACCCGACUGAUUGUGAAAGCGAUAUUGACACUGGUCAAGACGGAGGCGACGAAGAUGAGAAUGCUGAUGCAGAGCUAGACUUCAUUGAUAAUGGUUCCUACAUAGAAUUAAAUUGUAAGACAGAUAAUACAGGACAUUGUUCGUAUUUCAUUCCACAAGACAGUCAGCGCCGCAAAUCAUCAAGAAAACGCACUUCGCGCAGAGCUAAAGAGCCUAGUGAGAGAAAUCGUAAAUCUAACACUAGUAAGAAAAAUCACAGGCAAUCAUCCGAGAAAAAUAAAUACAGCUUUCACCGAGAUGGUUCAAAAAGUGCUGGUGCUACGCCACUUUCCGUCCGAAGAUCAAGCCUAAAACCACGAAACUACGAGCUACAAGAAGCUUGCCUGAAAAAACGUUCCAACUCCGUCAGCUUCAAUCGAGAUCCCACUGUGCUCAUAGACAAAAGAGACAGAGAAGCUGACAUCAAGUACAGAGAACUCAUAGGUCAGGCAGAACAAAUAAUACGUACGAUGAAUAUAAACGGGUUAUCACCUCGAAGAAUACCAGGGCCUACGAAUAAAAGGGUUGAACUUCUUAGAUAUACCGAGUGCAGCAAGCCAGAGACACCGCUGUUGCCGAACUGUAACGCACCUCCGUCCAAUAAUUUACUUAAAAAUACUCGGUUUAGCCCUAAGAAAAAUCAUAUCACAAAUUUUAUGAUAAACAACUCUCCUGUUCUAGUCAGGAAAGAAUUGCAAGGACAGUCUCCUUUAGGCGUUCGAAAAGGUUUAAACGACGAAGUUAAUCAUUCCCCGUUAGUUAGUAGAAAGUACGAUGAAAGCCUGAAGAAGGUAUCCGUGGAGAAGCAAGAAGUUAGUCAUAGUUUUCUAGUCAAUAGUAGUUUUAAGCCAAAAAGCAUUUUGCAUAAGUCUGAAUAUGCCCACAUCGGUGUUCUGAGUCCUAGACACAGAAAAGCUGUAGAGCUGACGCUGGCAAGUAGUAGUUCGGAUGAAGAGACCUUUCAUAAAUCGAAGAAGAAACUUUCAAAAAGUUGCCCGCAGAGUGAACCAAUGAAGAGGAAGAAAUACUGCGAAAGGACUACCUUUAACGUCGCGAAAGGGCAUGGAAAAACUGUCGCGUUUAAUUUAAACAACGGGAUGCCAAAUUUAUCAUUAGAGAAUAGUUUAGGUAGUUCAGAAAAUUUGAGACAUCAGGUUUUGUUAAAUACUAUACAGAACUUGAAAAGAAAUUUAGAAGAUCAUUCGGCUUCGUUACAGCAGACUUAUAAAGGUACCCAUCACAAAUAUAAAUAUUAAGAUUAAUAAUUAUGGAGUAAUAUUGUUUCUAGUUUUUUACCGACAUAUUUGUAAGUUUCUUCCUUCAGUACGCUGGAAAGGGAAUCUAUUACACAUCUAAUUUUUGUAAAACGAAUAAACUCAUCUGAGAUUUUAACAGACCUACUAAUUAUGACAUUUCAAUAUGUUUCACAAUAUUCAGUGUAUUGAAGGAAAGAUUUAUUCAAUUUUUAAAAGAAACAAAUUCAAUAUGGGUAAAUAUAAUAACUCUUUGCCUUUGCAGUAUUUCAUAUGUUAAAACAAAUUUAAUACAAUAAUUAUUACUUAUUGAAUUUGUUACUUAUAAAAAAAGAAAUAUUUUAAUGCCACAUGUUAACUAUCACAAACUAUUUGUAAGGAAAUAAAUGUUAAGCUUAUUUUUGCCAAUAUUUUCUAUGAGAAGUCGUGAUGUUGAAUCCUUUUUUCCAAAUGUUAGAACCUUGCCUGUAGCUUAACAGUGUAUUCGUUAGUAAAACUCUUCGUACUUAAUACUCAUAUUAUGUGCAAUUGGAAUACAUAACACAUAGCGUUUGACCAGUUAUACUGAUUAUUUAUCUGUAUUAGUUAAUUGAAACUCAAGGUAGAAAGUUGACAUCAAGGGUUGCUUGUGUUUCAUUAUACAUUACUUAAAACUGGGAGAGAAACUUUAAACUUAAAGCAGACACAUAUGCCAUUGUAGGUUUUAGUGUAGAUCGAUAGUAGAUUUUUUGUAGUUAAUAAUUUUUUUAAUUAAAGAUGUUUAGUUAUAGCGUUAUACUACUAGUCCUGCUCCUAGAAAAUAGGACCAUUAGAACUUAUAUCAAUAGUUACCAGUAUAUGUAAUCGAAAUGUUAAAAUUUUCAUUUUCAGUGUCGACAGUUAUAGUAGCUUAGCUCUUGAGGCACAAUUUGGUUAAACUGUCUAUCACUACUGGGUGUAUUUUAUUUUUUAGCACAUUUUAACUCUUUUGUUGCCUCGAAUACCUGUUAAUUAGGUAGUAGUGAACGUAAUGUAGAAAAAGUUGUCAUUUUUACAACCGAAGCUCUACAACUCUACAAUGAUCGAAAAAUUAUGAAGCCCCCUGAACACUGUAUUGUAAUUAUUCUAUAUAUUUUCUUUCCAAUCUGGGGAUUGAUUUUUGGACAGCCUGUAUAGUAUAGGUUUGUGGGAGGAUGAAAGCUGACCCCAGUAAGUUUAUUAAAAAGAUUAGAAUCUGAGUUGGGGGUUUAUAGUCGUACUUUAAAAAAAGAUAGCUCUUGAAUUAUGUAAAUAAAUUGUAAAAAUUUUAUCGUUAUAUACUUUUAUAUUUUAGUACUUUAUUUCAAAAUAUGUGGCAUAAUAGCUCAGUAUAUGGCGUUUUUUUCCCAAUUAACUGUUGGAUUGUCGAUAUUUUGGCUCAAUUCCAAUAUAGGUCAUUAACACACGAUAUAUUUCAAGCCAAACUCAGUGGCUUACUGUAUUUUUCUAUUAUAACAGAAUUUUUAAAUGUGUCAACUUCAAUUACAUUUAAAAUUGUGCCAAAUAGCAAUCAAAUUUCUAAUUAUUUAGAAAAGGAUGAUUAGAAUUCAAAAUAUUCAAGAGCUAUCUGCGUAUUCUUUAAGCGAUAAUGACUCGAAUUACUUCAAAUAUCCUUACUGUUUGUACUUGAAAUUUUGUUCUUCGUUGUUACUGUUAAUAUUUAAAAUAUAUAUUUAUUUUUUUCCUGUUCUUUUAUAUCGUUUUAAUAAGAAUAACUUUGUAGUUAAUACAUGCUACAAGCUGAAGUAACACGGGCAUGUUACAUGUGAUUAUUUUAAGUAAUAAAUCCAGUCUGACAAAUUUAAAAAAAAAACUGAAACAAAACAGCUAAGCUGAAUUUUUUACAUUGGUUUUGUUGAAUUUUAGUUA